CCCUUCUUCAGACUCGUUUAUGUGUAAUUGAUAUCGUCCCUGAAGGAAAAAAAAAACUUUUGGAGUUUCUGUGUUUCGAGAGAGAGAAAUUAAAGUUACCAAGGAGUCCGCUGUUAAGGAUGGACCCUGAGACACCCCCUGACCACAGAUAAACCUUACAGUACAGAAACGGCUUGCUAAAUGCACUGUAAGAGGAUGCUGCCUUUGUCAAGGAGAAACGGAACAUAAAGUUGUGGAGGAUGGGUGGUGCUAGUGUUAGCAAAAAUGUUAGAGAGCUAGAUGAACUAGUUGUAUUAGAUGGUGAGGAAGUGUAGAGUAGUUCUUUUUGCCACUGAGUUGUAAAAUCUUAAGCUUUGCCCUUGAGUCCGAGAAACCAUUUUGACAGUUAACACAGCAGAUGAAUAAAAUUGGCUGAUGGAGUACAAUGAGAGAGUGCUGUGUGGGACAGGGGAGGUGGAGCUAGACCCCAACAUUGUGAGUGAAGAGGCAGGAAAACUGUAUUCAGAGCUACAGACAGUUAUUGAGACCCAUGGGGAAGGUGUGGUGGAGUCGCUGGUACCCAUAUUUGUGUGGGUCCUGGAGGGGCUGGCCAGCUGCAAAGCCCAGCUGAGAGACAGAGAGGAGGAGGUGGAGAGGGAGAGAGCUGAGCGAGAAGAGCUGCUGGAGAGAUACCAAACAGAGAAAGCACUGAGGAAAGACAGUCAAGAGAGGUAUCUGGAGCUGGAUGAUCAAAUUGAACAGGAGAGAAGAGCCAUGAAGGGGAGGGAAAAGGAGAGAGAACGGAGAGAGAGAGAGCUGGAGAAGAAAGCAAGAGAGCAAGCAGAUCAGUUGGUGGCCUUAGAGGAGCAGAAAGCAAACCUGAAUAGAGAACUGAGCACUCUGAGGCUUACUCACAAUAAGCUGGCUCACACAUAUCGGGAACUUUUGGAAAAGAGAAAGGAUUCUGAAAGAGAUUCUCCUUUCAGGAAUCACAUGCGUCCCAAGAAUGCUGAAUUCCCAUCCAACCAAGUUUUGUCAGAAUCCAGUGUUAAUGAAAAGAUGAUUCAAAGACCACAUUCACACUCUGGUCCCCCCUGUCUGGAAGAUCUAGUAGCCAAGGAGGAAAAGUCGAUUGACAUUGCAGUAAAGUCCACCGCAAAUCACUUUGUCAAUGAAAUCAUAAGCUCCACUCCUGAGCUGGCACAGUUCCAUGGCUGUGUGGAUGCAAGUACCCCUGUUAGACCUAACACAGAGGAGCCACCAGGAAAUGAGUCAGAAACCAGCUUGGAGGAUGAGAUGAGGGAAGUGGACAAGGAGGAAGACAAGGAACAUAAAGAAAAAGAGGGGAGGCAUGAAAAAGAUGAGGAGGUGGAGGAAGAUGACAGCAUGGAGUGGGAUCUACGCAACACUGACUCUGUGUUUUCUGAACUGUCAGAGCUGAGUCGGGAUUGUGUGGAAAGUGUAGACCAAGGGGCCAGUGUCAGAGGCAGUGCAGACCAGUUUGAAGAGAUUGUUUCUUGGAAUGAGGAACUGAAAGUCGCCCAUGAGUUAGUAGAAGCUGCCCGCAAGGCCUUGAUAUCUCGGGUAGUAGAGCUGACUGAUGACCGUGCAGCUCUUAAACUGGAAUUGACCUCUGUUCAGGAAACAGUCUCACGAUUAGAGGGGCGGAUGAAGGAGAAGGACGAGGAAAUUAAGAGACUUCGUAAAGAACUGGAAGCAUGCCAGUCAGGAGAUCCUGAUGGCUCCCCAUCCAUGCGCCACUUUUCUCGUUCUGAAAUGGCUCGUGUUGUUAUGGAGAAGAACCAGUACAAGCAGCGUCUGUUUGAGCUGCAGGAGGCAAUAAGACAUAGUCAGGCAGUCAGAGCAACAAAAGAAGAGAGAUUAACAGAGGACAAAAGGUCAAGUGUUUGGAGGAGAUUCAACCGCUUGUUUGGCCUGUCCAAGGAACCCUUAAUCCCAGCUCCUGCUUCUGCAUUCGCCCUGCCAGUUUCCCCAUCACUCACUCGCUCUUCUGUGGGGUCUCUGCAGCUACCAUCUAUCAGUCAGACUCAGGCUGAGUCUACUGUUCUCUCACCUCGUGUCAGGAGGAGGGAGCUCUACAGAGAAAUUCGCUCCCAUGUUUGGGGUGCUCUGGGAAAACGGCAGAUACAUGGCUGGAGCACACCACUGGCUAACACACAGGAGUCCCAUGAACCUGUCCCAGAGCCUAAAGAUGUGCCUGUUCUAGUGCAGUUGAGGCUGUUGGAUCAGAGAGACUCCACAGCUAAGCUGAACUGUGCAGUUGCAGUCACACCUGAGGUCUCAGGAGAAGCCACAUGUUCUGUGUGGGUAGUUUCUGGUCCUGCCUCCAGCAGUGAUAUUACAGUGAUUGAUCCAGCACGGUCCAACACAGUACUGGAUCAGUUCAGCCUCCCUCCCACAGCUCCUGCACUCUGCAUUUGUGCGGUACCUCCCAUAGGUGACACCGCAGGAACUGUGUGGAUUGGAACUCAGGAAGGAAGUAUACUAGUACACUCAGCCUCUGAUGGCAGGAGGCGCUGUCUGCAGUCUGUUUUCCUCUCAGAGGGUGUUCAUUCUCUCACAUAUUCCCAGGGUCAUGUCGUAGCUGGUUUAGCUGAUGGGACAUUAGCCUUUUUCUCACACAGUUCAGGUGGCUGGAAUCUGCAGUCACACUCGGUGAUGCCGCUUGGAUCAAACCCUUUGCAGCCCAUUCGCUGCUGCCUUGCAAAAGGUAGCCGUCUCUGGGUGGGAUAUUGGAACAGAAUCCACGUGGUUGACAUUGACAGCAAGAAGGUUGAGCAAACGUUCUCAGUCUCUGAGCGCAAUGAGCAACAGGUCCGUUUCCUGUGUGCUGGUGGAAGUGGUGUAUGGACGUCUUGUCGACUUGACCCAAUCCUCAGGCUGUUUGACUGGUCCACUGGACGCCCACUACAGGAAGUCGAUUUUACUGCGUUGGUCACUAAAGCAUUAGGUCAGCCCUUCCUGACGCUCUCACCUCUUCAGAUCUCGGCUCUCACAGUCAUCUCCGGCCGUCUGUGGGUGGGCACUGGAGGGGGUGCCAUUUUCUCCAUCCCAUUAUCCAUUACAUCAGAAGCCAUUUCCAUCCCAUAUUGCUCUGUUGCAUCAGCCCAGCUGUGUUACCAUGGACACAGACAAGCUGUCAGAUUCAUCAUUGCUGCACCUGGUUGUUUGAUGACCUCUCCUGGCAGCAGCACUGUUACUACCUCUCAGCUUAUCCUCAGUGGAGGAGAGGGCUACAUCAACUUUCGAAUUGGAGACGAUGCAAAUGACGCAUCGGCUGAGUUGUCCCAAACUACACCUCAGCGGUCUGAACGCAGUCACAUGAUCAUUUGGCAGAAUCCCACGCCCUCUGUGCCCAGCUCUGCCCUCUGACAUUGUUCAUCUCCUGGUUCUUUUGGAAUAAGAUAAAGAUGAAGCAGACAUAGACUGUACACCAGCAAAGCUAGAGACAACACUGGAAGUGGUGCUCUCAUGAAACUGAGCGAACCAACAUCUCAGUGUGGCAGCAAUUAAAGUAUCCUUUAUAAAUAUAUAGGACACUGUUUUUUUUUUUACCUCAUUCAUUUUUCUACUGCUUGUUGAAGAACAUGCAGAGCUGUCAUUCAUAUCCUCAUUCCACCAAGGGACACCAAAUUUUUCAGUCAUACAUCUUUUGAUCAUAGAGUUUAACUUCAUUAUGUGACUGCUCUUGAAGCUGCUGUGUACAGACUUUGUUGUUAACUGUGAACUGGAAACGGAUAUUACUCUUCUCUCAGCUCAAAGACAAUCAGUUUUUUUUUAUCUCUUAUCUCCUGAUGCUGCAUUGAGGUUGGUGAAAACUUUUGUGAUGUAUAUUUUGUCAAUUUCUGCCACGAGUAUGAACUAAAAUUCUACCCUUCCACAUUGCAUGUGGUGUAAUUACAAAUAACUGCACAUUAUCAAUGUGUGUACAUGUGUGUGUCUGAUAUCUCAUCUCCUAAAUGAACAAUUUGAGUGCCUGUCCUUAGAAAUUAUUUAUUUUCUCCAUCAGCUCUUUGCUUGGUGUCUUUCUUUGAAUGGCAUGAAUUGCUUUUUGGUAUCUUAAUUUGUUUUACGUUUUCAUUUAGUUUCAAUAUAUUUUGUAAAAUAAGGGAGAGACAUUCUUUCAAGUGUCCUUUGAAGUAUUUAUGUGCAAUUACAAGUUUGUGCACACUUUGAUUUUAUAGCAGCACCUUAUCCAUCUUGGAAAGACAAUCAAGACUAGAGUAUUGGUGUUGACUCAGCUGUGUUCAAACACUAUCAUUAAAAAUGUCUUCAGUGGUUAAUGUA